CUUCUCCACUUGAGCUGCUGCUCAGUUCAGCGCGGAUUGUCUUUGUCCCGAAUUCUAGCUCUCAGCCGCUUCUGUCCCCUGACUUCCGUCAUCGCGCCAGGGUUUCACUUUGCUUUGUUCUGUUCGUAGGGAUUUGUGGCCUCUCUGCGGUUGUGUCCAUUGUCUCAGUUUGUUGGAGUGCUGGUGCUUUUAGUCAAUUGUGGCCGUGGAAAGUGAUUAUCUUGAAUCUAGGGUUUAGGAGUUGUGGGAUUGGGUUGUUCUAUGGAAUUCACUACGUUCGAAAGAGGAGAUGGAUUCUGCAGUUUCCUAUUGUUCAGCGCCCUUCUUUCUUCAGCUUUAAGAUGGGUAUUCCAUCAGCCAUCACGCGUGCUUUAAAACUCACAACAUUGGGUUUCUUAAUGUCAUCUUUUCUCUCAUUUGGUUAUCUGGACGAGCUCAGGAGACAAUUGACAGCGAUGAAUCUCAUUACUGAUCAGAUUUUACUCUACAUCGGGACUUUUAUGCUGUUUCUAUGCUGGGAGUUAUGCCAUCAUUUACAUCAGGUUCUGCAAACGAAACGGUUUAUAUUUUCACACCCAAAAGGUUCUGCGGCAGCUGAAACGAAUCCAAGUGAGCCGCUUCUUCUCACUUUAGAAGAGAGCAUGCCAAGGUCCCUUUUGCAGUAUCUUGCAUAUAAUGACCUUUGCAUGGUUUGUGAGAGUAAUGUUGAUUCUUGGCGCCGAGCUGCAUUUUUUGAAGAAACUGGUGAGACUUACAGAAGGGUAGUCGAUGUAUGCUUGAAUCCUUUGGAGAAGUUCAUAAAAAGCUUAGGUGAAGUGUUAGAUAGCCCAUCUGUGGAACCCUCUUUCCAACUUUCUAAUCAACUAAGGCCACCUUCAGAAAUAUUAGCAGACUCCAAACUCCAUGAAUCAUUUGACGACAGCCAGCUACUUGCCUGGUGCGCGCGGGCCAUAUCUUCGUUGACUGCGUCAUCACACACAGAGGAUCGAUAUGGGGUGGCGCAGCUCUCUGGAAGCAAUGCAGCUGUUGUCUCGACAUUACUGUCUGCUUUAUUAGCUGUGGAAGCCCUAAUGGGGAAGAAGACCAACUUAGAAUCUUCUCACCAUCAAAUGGAUCCAUCUGGAAUCAAAUGGGCAACACUAAGCAGCUCUGGCAGGAGGGAAUCAGCACCGUCAUGGGGGGUUGCAGGGAGAAGAAAGGGGAGCCCUCUUUACACAAAAGCAUAUUCAAUGGCUGAUAACCUGAGGACUUCCAUUUACUGCAUAGUGAUUGCCUUCCAUGAUGAAAUGCUGACCAGUGCCAAAACAGGAGCUCUUGAUAAGGACUGGAUUAUCACCAGCAGCAACAAGCCUCCUCUCUAUGGAACACAAGAGCUGCUUUUACAGAAAUUGCGUGUAUUUCUUGAUUUCCAAGCUAAUUAGGCAGUCUUUCUUUCAGAGCUUCAUGUUUUCCCUUAAUGAUGCCAAAAGAUGAUUUGAAAAUGCAAACUGGGGAUGGGAAGAAUGUUAUCAUAUUUAAAAUUGUAAUAACAUGGCUUCCCUAUCCGCUGUAUGUCAGUCUUGUAACAUUGACAAAACGAUUGAGAAGCUGAGCUAUUUUACGUCUCCGGUGGAAGUGGCUCUCAGUAUCUGAGUUACAGAGUAAUAUUUUUGUUUCUUUGACCUUUGUGGGGGCAUUGCCUCGCUUUCCAUUUGAGUGUCCCUCC